UUACGGCGGAUGGUUAAGGACCUGUCGCACUAGAACGGCACUUGAAUAUCAAGUCUAGCUCCGCUCCAACAUUCAGAAACAAUAAUUUUGCGGUCGAUUCAAAAUGGCGGCGCCCAGCAAAACAACUUCUGAAGCACAUGGUCAUGAUGAUGGUGAUUUACAUCAUUUAAUGACACUUUCAAAAGACGUACAAAUGUUCCUGAGGAUGCACCCUUCAUUGAGUUUUAUCGGGACUGGGAAGGUUCAGUGCAGUCUUACUGGUCAUGAGAUGCCAUGCAAGAUAGCUGCUAUGGAAAGCUACACGAGCGGCAGGAAGUAUCAGCGGCUCCGAGAAUUCAGUGGCUGUGACUUGGAGCAGUUCAAGCCACACAUUGUACCAAGCAAAAAAAAGGGUCGUGGACACCAGUUAUUCUGCACUCUAACUCUACGUCACAUGACCAGACUACCAGUUGAUGUACAAAGACACAUUAAAGGCAAGAAAUACACAAGGGCUUUAGCAAAGUACAAUGAGUGCAAGAGUCUUGGAAUACCUUUCAAACCUUGUGGUAAAAUACCUCGUAAAGAUAGAAUGGAAUGGGAUGGUGAGAAAGAAGCCAGAAGAAACAAUACAGACUCUGAGGCAUCUGAUGGAGAAUCUGAUGAUAGUAUGUCUGACCUCUUACCAGCUGCAGAUUUCCAGAUGGAGUCAGACAGCGAUGAAAUAGAAGAUGACAAAUCACAAGAAGAUGUGGAAGAUACACAUAUUAAACAGAGCAAGUCAGUCAAGAAGCGAAAGGCUAGUAGUCUGCUGAAUGCCUCUCACACGGUGCAUGCAUUGCUUUGA